ACAUCAAAUUACAUUAUGUAACACCGUAUAUGUUUUUAUACAGACAAAAAUCAAAGAAUAUCGUAUUUUACAUCAAAAUUUUGAUAUGAAAAUAUUAUUUUUUCUAUGAUUAGAUGCCAUGGUGGCCCUUACAUAAUCUAGAAAUGGAAGUUAACAUUUAGUGCAAAAAAGAUUUGAUGCAACAGUGAGUUUAGGCUGUCAAAUAAUGUUAUAUAUAUUUAUAAUAAUGUGACACUAAGAGAUCUACAAAUAAAUUCAUGUUGCAACUUUCUUAUAGGUUGUUGCUACUACGUAAUCCAUUUUAGUUUACUAGGUACUUGUUUGAGAAAAAGAUGGGAAAAAAAGGUAAAUGGCUUAAAAACUUCUUAACAGGGAAGAAGGACAAAGAAAAAGAGAAAGAAAACCAGAAUUUCUCAAAUGGAACAGAAAAUCCAACAACUCCAGUUUCAACAACAACAAAGGAGAAAAAGAGAUGGAGUUUUAGAAGAUCAUCAGCAACAGCUACACCAACAGUUUCCAAGGAAUUGAAUAACUCAGAUGUUAUUGCUUCAAUGACAGUGCAAAGUACUGUCACUGAUAUUCAGAAUGAGCAGAGGAAUCAUGCCGUGGCUGUAGCUGUUGCUACGGCCGCGGCAGCUGAUGCAGCGGUUGCGGCUGCACAAGCUGCGGCUGCUGUGAUCCGCUUGACUUCUGGUUCAAAUGAGACUUUUAGUUCUAGAAGUAUUGAAGAUUCUGCUGCUGUUAAAAUUCAAUGCGUCUUUCGAUCUUACUUGGCAAGAAAGGCAUUGUGUGCUCUAAGAGGAUUAGUGAAGUUGCAGGCACUGAUAAGGGGUCACUUGGUGAGAAAACAGGCUAAGGCGACACUUAGAUGUAUGCAGGCUUUGGUCACAGCACAAGCUAGAGCUCGUGCUCAAAGGAUUCGAAUGGUGUCGGAAGGAAAGCCUAGUCCAAAUCAAUCAACUCACAGAAAUGCUAUGGAAAAUGACUUGUUCAGGCAAAUAUAUAAUGAAAUGGACAGAAGCUUGGAGGACAACAUCAAGAUUGUGGAAAUGGACUUUUGUGAAUCAAAAGGUAACUCUACAAGCAGAAGCAGCAGUGUAUAUAAUCAUGGACAACAUUAUGAACAAUCUGAACAUAGAUAUUCCACAAAUGGUUCCUACUCAAAAGAAGAAAACUACAAAGUAUCACCAGCUCCAUCAGUUUUAACAGAAUUGAGUCCAAAAACAGGCAGUGGCCAUUUUGAAGAUUGUUUCAGUACAGCUCAAAACAGCCCUCAAUGCUAUUCUGCAAGAUCGAAAACCGAUGGUUCAAUUUCAAAUCUUCCUUUUUCUUUCCCUAGGCCAUCUUAUGCAGAACCUAUGUCCUAUGAUUACCCUUUAUAUCCAAGCUACAUGGCUAAUACAGAAUCAUCAAGGGCUAAAGUUAGAUCACAAAGUGCACCAAAACAAAGACCAGAUUCUUUUGAGAAGCAACCAAGCCGACGAAGAAUUUCGGUUGAGGGAAGAAAUGUACCUAGGCCAGUGAGGAUGCAAAGGUCAUCUUCACAUGUAGGUGCAGCUGCUCAGAAUUACCAUUAUCCAUGGUCAAUCAAGCUUGAUAGAUCCGCAGUUUCGCUCAAAGAUAGUGAGUGUGGCUCGACAAGUACAAUGCUCACAAAUACUAAUUACUGCAGAUCCCUUGUUGCAUAUGAUCCAGAUGGAGAUAGGUACUAAAUAGAAGACACUUUGCAAGAACACCAACAAUUUAAAGUUGAGGAUUUCAUGUUUCUGAGUUUUUGUUUUAGAUUUCAAAACAAAGUAAUAAUUCUGUUUUUAUAAUAUAGUUUUGUGAGAUUUAUUGACACAACUUGUGUAGAGUUUCUUGUUCUAUUCAAUGUGUGUACUAUGUGGAUUAGUUUGUGUGAAGAUGUUGUAAUGGUUGUUUGUUAUGUAUAAAUGUUACCAAGUUAGAUAUA